GCAGCGGCAGCAGCAGAGCCGAGGUUUAGAGGAGGACCGUCCGCAUCGCUAAAUCAAACCAAGAAAACAUCAAAUAACACAGGAAAUAAUUUCACACUAUGGAGCAAACGCAGACCAUCAACUUCGGCGCUGGGCCUGCAAAACUCCCCCAGACAGUGCUGCUUCAAGCACAGAAGGAGCUUCUCAACUACCGCAACACUGGUAUCAGUGUUCUGGAAAUGAGCCACAGAUCAUCGGACUUCAACAAAAUCAUCAAUACAACAGAAAGUCUUCUCCGAGAGUUGUUAAAAAUCCCAGACAACUACAAGGUGAUGUUUCUCCAGGGUGGUGGGUCUGGACAGUUUAGUGCUGUACCACUAAACCUGAUUGGCCUUAAAGCGGACAGGUGUGCAGAUUACCUGGUGACUGGCACAUGGUCGUCGAAAGCAGCAAAGGAAGCAGAAAAAUACGGCAAAGUCAACAUUGUGCACCCAAAACUGGACAGUUACACAAAAAUCCCCGAUCCCAGCAGCUGGAACCUGAACCCCUCAGCCUCUUAUGUGUACUACUGCUGCAAUGAGACGGUUCAUGGUGUCGAAUAUCAAUUCAUACCUGAAACUAACGGGGUGGUCCUCGUCAGCGACAUGUCCUCCAACUUCCUUUCCCGACCUGUAGAUGUGUCAAAGUUUGGUCUGAUUUUCGCCGGGGCUCAGAAGAACGUGGGCUGUGCUGGCGUCACUGUGGUCAUCGUCAGAGAGGAUUUGUUAGGCCACUCUCUCAAAGAGUGUCCCAUCGUUUUUGACUACAAGGUGCAGGCUGAGAUGAACUCCCUGUACAACACACCGCCAUGUUUCAGCAUCUACAUCAUGGGACUUGUCCUGGAGUGGAUCAAGAACAAUGGUGGCAGUGCUGCCAUGGAGAUGCUCAACAAGCAGAAGUCUGCCAUGAUCUAUGACAUCAUCAGUUCUUCCAAUGAUUUCUACGUGUGUCCUGUAGAAGUUGCUUGUCGGAGUCGGAUGAAUGUCCCAUUUCGUGUGGGUAAGAAAGAAGGAGAUGACGCCUUGGAAAAAUUGUUUCUGGAAGGUGCAGCCAAACGUGGAAUGAUUUCACUGAAGGGACACAGGUCAGUUGGAGGAAUACGUGCAUCCUUGUACAACGCUGUGACACUGGAGGACACAGAGGCUCUGGCUGCCUACAUGAGAGAAUUCCUUAAAGAGCACCAAUAAAAUGUUUUUUGUAAAGUCAGCAGUAUCUGCUCACUGCUACAAUACAAUAAAAAAACCUUGUAACUUUGAGUAGAGAUCUAUGGUGGCUUGGGAGGAUGCAUUAGUAGACAUGUUUAAAAAUAACCUUUUAUUGUUCCUGGGAAGCUUAAACUUUAGGUAAAAUCUAAAAAUCUCUGUCCCAUAGAUCAACUAUUUUAAGCUAUUUGUUGACUGAGGGGCGUUUCAUGUAUAUACUGUAGUUAUUUCUUGGUUUGUCCUCCACAUAUAUGUAUAUUCCAGUAAAUUUUACUUGGCAAUGA